AUGGAGCCGUCUGACAGCCCAGACGGUGGCGUCCAGCGCCCUGCUAAACGCCGCGCCCGCCGAGCCCCUCGUUCUGUUCCCGAUGAGGAUGAACUGCCCGCUGCGAAUCAUACCAAUCCUGUACAAGUUAUGCCCUGUCAGAUACAGAGUGUUUUCAAAUCUGACGCCCAGGGCCGUCGGUACAUGGUCUUGGAGAAUCUUCCUGCCGACAAGAACUAUGUCGCCAAUUUGAUCAACACUGGUGGAGAGUUUGCUAUCGGUGGCACCCCAGCGUUUAUUUGCGACGCACUCGCGAAUGAACUCGAGGCUCGAGCAGUCCAAGGUUCCAGGGAACAACGCGAACAGUCGUGGCAUAUUAUCGCCCUUCCUGACUCAAACAUGUCCAACCAGACUAUAUCUCACUUGUAUCGUGGCUCCGAAACGACCGAUCGGUAUCCAAUGGCCACAAAAGUGCGGCCCAUACAGCAGAGUCGUCAGGGCAACCAGCAGGACUUGGGACUUCAGCAGAACUCACAAGCCAUCCAGACAGCUAUAACCGCCCAGAUUCGUGCCCUGUACGACCAGCAGGCGAACCUUGUCCAGCAGAGCCCCUACCUUGGCCAGCAGGUUGCGGUUCCACACCAGGAUUUCUUUAGAAAUGAACAGCCAAUUCCUGCCGCCAACAGCGCAACUAGUGGCUAUGGACGGGAGUACUCAUCUGUCCCACAGCCCCCACAAGUACGGCUCACCACGCCCAUGCUUGAAAACUUCAGCGAGGGCAGCGGCUCGACUGCGAUGUUUCUCCAGGGGCAGCCUUACUCUCACACCCAACAGCAGGGCAGCUACCCAGGUUUUGGUCCCAGCAGCGGACCAGCUCAAGGCAGCUACCAGGCCCAGGGCAACAACAUGAUGUUUGGCCCAAACAACGGAUUCCCGAUGGCACCUCUCCCCCAGGCCCACCGCCCAAUUUUCGAUGGGCUUGGGUUCAUCAUCGGCGAGCAGGCUUGUAAAAUUGAGGAUGGAAUGUACGGUGGCAAUCUGUACAACGAUGAGAUGCACAGAGCCAGGAUGUACAAUGAUGUUGGGUACCCUCAUCCUCAUCAAUCCCAGGGGCCGCAGCAACGAUUCGAUGACCCCCAGCAGGCACAGGGCACGAUCACGAGGAUGGAUCCACAACUCAUGGAUGAUACCCAGUCCUUCUACAACUUUGUCGCGAAUACGAUAGAAGAUGAUGAGAUUGAUCAGGGAGAGCACAACCAACAGGAGGAUAACCAACAAGAGAGUGGUCAAGAGGAGGACGACCCUGAAGAGGACGACCCAGAGGAGGGUGACCCAGAGUACGGUGACCCCGACGAUAGUGAACCCGAGGAUGGUGACCCAGAGGAGGGUGAACAAGACGAGGGUCUUCGGAUUGAUAAUGACCAAGAACACAUUGGUGCUGAAGAGGUGCAAACCCGAGACGAAGGCAUCGCAAUGGGCAACACCAGCCGCAACGACACAAUCAGCCCCAACGGCCCGCAGAGACCCCCAAGGCAGCGGCCGGAGAUGCCGCCAGCGGAGAUGCUCUGGGCCAGGGAGAGGUCGCCGCACCGGUUCCAGGACAGGACGGGGACGGGGAUGUGCGACUACUGCGACCGCGUCGGGCACGAGGCCGAGGCGUGCCUCAAGUGGGACCCGGACCACUACGACAAGCCCGUGUGCACGGCGUGCAACAACAAGGAGCACUCGCUCGACGAGUGCCCCAGGUUCCGCGCCAUGCCCCUCGCUGAGAAGCGGGCCCUGCUGGUCGGCAAGGGCGCGGGCCGGCCGGGCGUGCGCAGCCAGUACUACGCGUGGACGAAGUAUGUGGGCCAGGGCCACGGCCACGGCCACGGCCACGGUGACGCGGGAGUCCCCCUAACGAGGCGGUUCGUGCAAGACCUGUCCAAUACCCUUGGCAGUGGUGGCGGCGGCAGCGACAUAUGGGAGGACUGGGAUUAUGGUCAGGGCAUCCCGGACGAGUUCAGAGACUCGGUGGCCGAGGUCCUGGCGGCGGACCAGCCGGGCCUCGUGGACGAGAGGUUCAUGGGUGGCAACCACGGGUUCAGGCGUAAUGAUCAGGCUGGCGCCAACUUGUAAAGUCAGUGGGUGGGUGUGGCCGGUUGAAGAUGUGAGGAAGAAGGAAAAGGUCACGUCGUGUAAGAUAGAGCACCUGCAGGUUCAUUAGUACAGUAAAGCAGUCUUUCUGAAGGCACCUGGGGUACAUAUCUGCCCGAGACGACGGGCCAACUGCUCAUCCUCGAUUGCCACACAAUAGCGACCGGGGCCGGCCUUUGGGCGGGUGAGGCAGACCCCAAGCGACCCGCCUCCUAGGUUCGAA